AUGGCACCUUCCCUACACCUCUUACAACCAGCCGACGAAGGUUCGCACGGGCGAUAUUACCUUUACGCCGUCGUUGCUCUGCUUGUACUCGGUGUCGCCAAAUACGUCUAUCAGACCCUGACCUCGCCUCUUCGAGACGUGCCUGGUCCUUUCCUCGCCCGGUUUACCCGACUCUGGGAGCUUCGAGCGGUGCAAACUCAGGACAACCCGACCUUCAACAUCGCGCUGCAUGAAAAAUACGGUCCAAUUGUGCGCCUCGCACCAAACCGAUACAGCAUCAAUGAUGCUGAAGCCGCCAAGAUCAUCCUCGGACACAACGCUGCUCUUGACAAGUCGCGAUACUACCAUCCGUUUGGCCGGGCUGACGAGUACAACUUGUUCUCUGAGCCGAGCAUCUCUGCCCAUGCCAAAGCCAGACGUCCGUUUGCGCAGUUGUAUUCGCAGACCACACUGCUCUCGUACGAGCCGUUUGUGGACACGUGCAACGCCAUCUUGCUGAAGAGAUUCGAGGAGUAUGCUCAAGAAGGGAAGCCGCUGGAUGUCCGGCAGAUGAUGCAGUACUAUGCUUUUGACGUCAUUGGCGAGAUUACGGUCGGAUCGCGAUUCGGGCUUAUGGAGAACGACGGCGACAGCUCUGGGAUCAUCAAGGCUAUCGAUGACAGCGUGACGUACGGGUCCAUCAUAGGCCUAAUACCCGAGUGGCACGCGUUCAUCUUCUGGGCCCUGAACACGCUUAGACUGCCAAACAGCUUCGAAAAUGUCACAGACUUCAUCGCCUACCACGUGGACAACCGCGUCUCGGGACGCACGAAAUCGCCCCAAGACCGCAGCGACUUUCUCGACAAGAUGCUGCCCUUGGAGCAGGAAGGCAAGGCAACACGCUACCACACGCGACAGGCCACCCAGCAGAACAUCACAGCCGGCUCAGACACGACCGCAAUCUCCUUGACUGCCGUCAUUGCCAUGCUCACGCAGCACCCCGACACUCUCGCCGCGCUCCGCCACGAAGUCGACGAGGCCACCAGGUUGGGCGCCCUCUCCGACCCAGCGACGUUCCAGGAAGCGCAGAAGCUGCCGUACCUGCAAGCCGUCAUAAUGGAAGCGCUGCGCGUCCACCCAGCCGUCGGCGCGCCCUUGGUGCGCAUCGUUGGCCCCCAAGGCCUGCAAGUCGCAGGCAAGUUCUUCCCGCCGGGCACCGAGGUAGGCGUCAACGCGUGGGUGGUGCACAACAACAAGUCCAUCUUCGGCGCGGACGCACACGUCUUCCGCCCGGAGCGCUGGCUCACGGACAACCAAGAGGAGCGCAGCGUGCUGGACCGCAAUUUCUUUGCCUUUGGCGGCGGCCCGCGGACGUGCAUCGGCAAGAACAUCAGCCUGCUCGAGAUGAGCAAGGUGAUUCCGCAAAUCGUGCGCAGGUACGAUUUCGAAAUCGUGGAGAACGAGCAGGGGGAAGCGUACUCGUGGACGACGAGGUGGUUUUCCAAGCCGAAUUUCAAGGCCACGGUGAGGAGGAGGAAGGAUGUGCAGGCUUAG